AAGUGUUGAACGAUGAUUGCUCACUUCUCCGAGCUGCCGUCUUGAAGCUUGAACACAACUCGAGAACGUCCUUGCGUGAUGACGUAAACACAUCGUCAUUCCCGGCUCGUCUGGAGCAUCCCUGGUGGCUAAGCUAGGUGGUUAAGUGUACCCCUGUUUUAGUUUUGCGGUUUUCACGAGAGAAACGACCAUAAAUAUCAGCUGUCGCAAGUGCAGGAAACACGAAACAGUCUUCUGCGUGUCCGCGUUGGGCCGGUCGCUAUGGCUCUGCAAGGCCCGGAGGAGCUGGGGGAGCCGGUGGAGGAAUCGGAGGACUUGGACGACCAUGACGCUAGUAAUAUCUCGCCAGCCGAGGAGAUACCGCUGCCUGCCGGGCCCGGGGGCGACGACGAGGAUCCCGUGGGGAACACCGUUCUGCUGCCCUGGGACCGCUUCUCGACUUGGCUCCACUGUAUCUGCGUGGUGGGCUUCGACUUGGAGCUGGGACAGGCGGUGGAGGUGAUUUAUCCGCAUCAUUCCAAGCUGUCGGAGAAAGAGAAAACGAGCAUUUGCUACCUCUCCUUCCCAGACUCCAACUCAGGUUGCCUGGGCGAUACCCAGUUUUGCUUCCGCUUUCGUCAAGGCUCCAAUAGGAAGUCGUCGCUGGGCUGCUUCCUGGAAACCAGUGACCGGGAUGCGCCGCCCUGCCUCAAGAGGGAGCAGGGCCAUUAUUACGGCUACGUGUAUUUUCGUCAAGUGCGGGACAAAUCUCUGAAGAGAGGCUAUUUCCAGAAGUCUCUGGUCCUGAUCAGUAAGCUGCCCUAUGUGACCUUCUUCCACUCGCUCCUCAAAAUCAUGGCUCCAGAAUACUUUGAGAAACAGGAACCGUGUCUGGAGGCGGCUUGUAACGAUAUGGACCGCUGGCCAACGCCGCAUCCGGGGAGGAUCCUCACGCUGCCCAUCAUGGGCGUGGUCGUCAAGGUGCGGAUCCCAACCUGCUACGACAAACCGGGAACGUCGCAGCUCGUCCAUUCGGCUAAGAGUGACAGUCUGGUGUCCAUUGUGCUGCCCACUAUCCAUGAAGUGGACCUCUUCAGGUGUUUCUUUCCAGUCUUCUUCCACAUCCAGAUGCUGUGGGAGCUGGUGCUGCUUGGGGAGGCGCUCGUUGUCAUGGCGCCCUCUCCCGCUGAGUCGUCAGACACCGUGCUGGCGCUGGUCAGCUGCGUGUCUCCUCUGCGCUACUGCAGCGACUUCCGGCCGUACUUCACCAUCCACGACAGCGAGUUCAAGGAGUACACCACCAGGACGCAGGCUCCGCCGUCAGUCAUCCUGGGAGUGACCAACCCUUUCUUUGCCAAGACGCUGCAGCACUGGCCUCACAUCAUCCGCAUCGGCGACAUGAAACAAGCAGGUGAGAUGGCCAAACAGAUGAAAGUGAAGAAACUGAAGAAUCUGAAAACUCUCGACUCCAAACCCGGUGUAUAUACAGCAUACAAGCCAUAUCUCAACAAAGAUGAAGAAAUCAUCAAGCAGCUCCAGAAGGGUGUUCAACAGAAGAGGCCCUCGGCGGCCCAGAAUGCAAUUUUACGGCGCUACUUUCUGGAGCUGACGCAGAGCUUCAUCAUCCCUCUGGAGCGCUACGUGGCCAGCCUGAUGCCGCUGCAGAAGUCCAUCAGCCCGUGGAAGAGUCCGCCUCUGCUGCGGCCGUUUGUCCAGCAGGACUUCAUGAAGACGCUGGAGAAGGCCGGCCCGCAGCUCACCUCCAGACUCAAGGGAGACUGGAUCGGACUCUACAAGCAAUUCCUGAAAUCUCCCAACUUUGACGGCUGGUUCCGUAACAGAAGGAAGGAGAUGACACAGAAACUUGAGGCCUUGCACUUGGAGGCGCUCUGUGAGGAGGACCUGCAGCAGCGAGUCCAGAGGCAUUCGGAGGUGGAGACGGUGGAUCUGGUCCUCAAGUUGAAGGACAAACUGAGUCAAGCGGAGAAGGACCAUCUGCCCGUGCGAGCCGGCACGCUGGCCAAACUGCAAGCUCACAUCGACGGCGUCAUCCUAGCCUUGCCUGAAGACCUCCAGGGUAUCCUCCACAAACCCACCACACCCUGAACUUUGAAUCCAAGACAACAACAAAAAAAAAUGGCCCCUAACACAUGAAGAACACUCUGUGUUGUCUCGAUCAUUUCCAAAUGUCCGGAGGGAUUUUUCUCGCCACUUGACAAGGCUUUUCUUUUUUGAAGAUUUGCUUUUAAA